CGGCGCGGGGCUGCGGAGUCUGGAGCCGGAGCCAGAGCCGGAACCGAGCCUGAGCGUGGCGGGCGGGCGGCCCGGGUCGGCGCUCCCGCUGGACGCUGGACGGCGCGGCCUCGCCUCGGCGCCCUCCCCUCGGCUCCUCCUCGCCGCCACCGCCUGAGGCGACCCCACCCUCGCCCCGACUUCUAGCACCGGAGACGCGGACGGAGCCGGGCCAGCGCCCACCAUGAGCCUGAACAGCUCCACGCCCGGCGCCCCCGGCUCACGGAGCGUGCACCCCUUGCCGCCCGCGCAGUCCGGGCUGGAGGCGGCGCUCCUGGCCCCGGGCUUCGGUAACGGCUCGGCCAACGCGUCGGAGCCCGUCCUGGACGCGCCCAGCAGCGAGCUGGACGUGCACACCGACGUCUACUCCAAGGUGCUGGUGACCACGGUGUACCUGGCGCUCUUCGUGGUGGGCACGGUGGGCAACGCGGUGACUGCUUUCACACUGGCCCGCAAGAAGUCGCUGCAAGGCCUGCAGAGCACCGUGCACUACCACCUGGGCAGCCUGGCGCUCUCCGACCUGCUCAUCCUGCUGCUCGCCAUGCCGGUGGAGCUGUACAACUUCAUCUGGGUGCACCACCCCUGGGCCUUUGGGGACGCCGUCUGCCGCGGCUACUACUUCCUGCGCGAUGCCUGCACCUACGCCACCGCCCUCAACGUGGCCAGCUUGAGUGUGGAGCGCUACCUGGCCAUCUGUCACCCCUUCAAAGCCAAGACCCUCAUGUCCCGCAGCCGCACCAAGAGGUUCAUCAGUGCCAUCUGGCUGGCCUCGGGGCUGCUGGCAGUGCCCAUGCUCUUCACCAUGGGCCAGCAGAACCGAAGCGCAGACGGCCAGCACCCUGGGGGCCUGGUGUGCACGCCCACCGUGGACACAGCCACCGUCAAAGUCGUCAUCCAGGUCAACACCUUCGUGUCCUUCGUGUUCCCCAUGGCGGUCAUCUCGGUCCUGAACACCGUCAUCGCUAACAAGCUGACCAUCAUGGUGCGCCAGGCUGCGGAGCUGGGGACACAGCCUGGCACGUUCAGCAUGUCCAUCGAGCCCGGCAGGAUCCAGGCCCUGCGGCACGGUGUCCGGGUGCUCCGUGCUGUGGUCAUUGCCUUCGUGGUGUGCUGGCUCCCCUACCACGUGCGCCGCCUCAUGUUCUGCUACAUCUCGGAUGAGCAGUGGACCCCGUUCCUCUAUGACUUCUACCACUACUUCUACAUGCUGACCAACACGCUCUUCUACAUCAGCUCCACCAUCAACCCCAUCCUCUACAACCUCGUCUCGGCCAACUUCCGCCAGAUCUUCCUGUCCACCCUGGCCUGCCUCUGUCCCGCCUGGCGGCGCAGGAGGAAGAGACUGGCGUUCUCACGGAAGACCAACAGCGUGUCCAGCAACCACGGCUUCUCCACCAGCGCUACCCGGGAGACACUGUACUAGGACCCCCGGGGACCCACGAGGCCCAGGAGGCGCUGCUGAACGUGCCAGGCUGUGUCCCCAGCUGGCUGCACUGGGGCCCCGGCCCGCCUUGGCCCAGAGGCCCUUCCUUUUCAGCUUCUCCCCUCAGCCCAGCCCUCUCCCCACACCCCUCUCUCCCCCUCCCCUCCCCCUCUAAAAGCCAGAGCCCAGAGCCUGUUCCUUUCCCAGAUCCAAGAAGGGCCUUUGACAGGAGGAAUUAGUGCUCAGAGAAAGGCAGCUUCCUUUGUUCCCAGACUAAUGGAUGUUUAGGGAGAUGGAUAAGGAAAUGAGAGGGCUAUGCUGGGCUGGCCCCUGGGCCAGGCCUUCGGCAGCCCUGCCUCAGGACUGCUGCUGUCUGGCCCACCAGCUCCAAGAGUGUGGGGUGCUGCAGGCCCACACCCAGCUCCCCACCCUGGAGAGGCUCCCACCGUGGCUCUGGGCCUCACACCAGGCUUCUCCUCCAGGCAUCCCUCCCUCCCACUGCCCUCACCUGGUCCUCCCCCUAGCCUGGCCUUACCCAGGCCAACUCCAGAGGUCCUGCAUGGACAUGAGGUGGACAGGCGCUGGCGCCUGGCCCUCUGAGGAGCAGCAGAUCAGUGGCUCCUCCUUCCCGGCCCGUGCACACAGCUGGCAGCCGGCCAGGCCGAGCUGGCGCCAGGGUGGGGGCUCUGAGAAGGGUCACAUGGGCCAGGGUGGUGGGCCAGGUCCUGAGCAGGUGAGAAGACAGGCCUGGAUGUCCAGGCACCCAGCUGGCCAGCAUCUCUGGGCUGAGACAGGCCCAUCUGUCACCAGACGCCGGGCGGCGGUCCUGGCCCCCAGCUCCAGGCGCCAGGGAAGGCAGGCGCCUCCUCGGUCUCUAGGAGCCAUCUCCAAACAGGGCUGGACCAGCCAGGCUCCCUGCCGAGAAGGUUGCCUGAGCCCCAGACCAGGCAGGGGCUGGAGUGGGAGUGGGAGUAACAGGAAGGACCUGGGAAGCAGAAUCUGGCCUGGGAAAGUGGGUUUUAUGGUCUCAGGACCAUGAAGGAAACCAAGCAUGGGCAGACAGCCUGCAGGAAGCACUGCUUUGGGAUGCAGGGGCCCAGCCCUGGCCGGGGCAGCACUGCCUCUCUGGACCAAAGUGCUGAGUUGGAGGCCAGGUUAUGAGUGGCCACCCGGAUCUGGCCACCCUGCCAUGAACUGGUGUGGUACUUGAAGCCACAAAAUCCCUCUGCAAGCCAUGUGACCCUCCAGGUCACCAGGUUGGGGCGGGUGCAAGUCAGGCCCAUUUGCGGACCCCAGGGAGGACCUUGGCCUCUGAGGGCCCAGCCGUGCCCAGGUCUGUUGGGCCCAGUUGGUGUGGUGCCCCCUGCUCAGUGGGUAGACUCAGAGUUUAGCCAACCCAAAGGCCUGAGCCAGGGCCCAGGCACCGGAUCCUGAACCAGCACUUGAACUUAGGAUCAGACAGGCCAGCCCCUGAAAAGACCCCUACCUUCCCAGACAUUGCCAAUGGCCUGAUUCCUCCGAGCCUCUGUUUCUUCACCUAAGAAACUAGCGCAGCCAUUCAACCCUCUUGGCUGGCUGAGGCUGUCCUGGAGGACGGGGCCUGGAAUGGACAGAAGGGACAGUCCCUGAGAUGGGCAGGGCGACCCCUUCCGCCGGGCCUCGGAUGCUGACGGUGCAGGUCAGCAGGGAGGGUGUGAGCUACAACGGCAAGUCCUCGUCGCUGCUGUCUAUGCUGUGUCCGUGGGCCUGAUGGAGAAAGGGACGCAUCUGGACUGGCUCUGUGUCCCAGUCCUUGGCCGUGUCGCAGUGGAGCUCUGAAGGCUUCGCUCUGUGUGCUGUGAGCUCACGCCCCAGGGAGUCCAGAGCCCAUGAGCCCAGUGUGUUGACAAAGCCUGUCGUGUGCCUCCAGUGUCCCUCCACGUCACACCCCUCCACACUGCAGCCAGAGCUCAAACCCCUGCGUCUCUCAAUAAAGGAGAUUGUGGGCCCCCAACUUGGACUCUCUCGUUACGGGUCUCGGAGCCAUCCUUUCAUCCAUCCCUGCAGACAGGGGCUGCCGCGGUGGGCUGCUGUCCACUCACCUGCUGUUGAAACACAUGGGCACUGGUCACAGCUCCCAGAGGCUGGGCCCCACCUUAGUCUCCUCCCCGCGGUGAGCCACGGAGCCCCCAGCCUCAUCUCAGCUGCAUGCUUCCUCCUGGCAGAAAUUUCUCCACGGCAGUUGACCGAUGACUUUUAAAAUUCUGAUUAAAAUUUUAAAAAUAGAAUCACUGGGGCAGA